AUGGGGAAAAUCCCGCCAAAAUGCAAAAAGAAGUCCAAAGCGAAAGCCAGAGCAAGACUCGUAGAACAACUAUUAUCUUCGAGACCACCUGUGAUGUUCUUCUCGUCCAGGCUCCCUCCUCGACCCAUCACCCAUCGUGUUACGACUGUAACUGAUACACCAACUGCCCAGCGGCCGGCUGGACCCAUACGGCGAACAUUAAAUCGACUUGGUUGGAUGUACUAUCACUAUGGAAUCGCGAUUCCAGUGCACGGAAUGCAUCCCAUCGAGAUCGUGACUAUUAAUGGCACCGUCAUCGUAUUCUUCGUUGUGGUUUGCUGGGUUGUUAUUAUUUACGUUCCGACUCAAAUUCAUCGUUUGGUCACCUCGUUCUGGCGAAGGUAA